CCGGUCAGGAUUCUGCUGCGUGUCAAAUGCUGCCCAUUACACCAUACUCUGUUCUUGUACCGGAAUAUUGCGGAAACAGAGCGAAGAAACUGAUUUUCCCUUUCUCUUCUGUUGAAUAUUUGUAGCUUAAAGUCUUUAUUGUGUGGAGCAAUGCAUUCGGGAAACUCGGAGAAAGCGGCUUCGCUACGGAAACGGACACUGUCUCGAGGAAUGAGCGAAGACGAGUCUCUUCGACACAUUAUUAGAGAGGCAGAAGAAACAAACAGGUACCUGUCACGCAAUGACAGCAGACGUGGAUCAUUAAAACGAGGACAAAGAAAAGAAAGCCUUGGUGAAGAGGAUCUUCUUACUGAAAGAAUAGAAAUGGAGGAGCUGCGAGCAGACUAUGAAAUCUGUUUACAGGAGAUGCGAGCCCUUGAGCUUCAGCAGGAGGCUCAUUUGUUUCAGGUGGACUGUCUUCAAGAUGCUCUCGAGGGGGCAGAGGAGAUGCUUUCUGAAGCACAGAGAGAGGCUCGUGCAGUCACGAUGGAAUUGGAGCGCGAGCGGGAAGCUCGGAGGAAGCUGGAAGACAUCGUGGCCUCAUUAAUGCAGGAGAUGGAAGUGUUAAAAGAGGAAAGAAAUUCCGUUUCUGUCUUUCCAGUCAAUGACCUGGUGGGAGACCAAACACAAGGAGUCAUCGAUAUAUCUGCUGUCUUCUCAGGAACUUCUGUAGAUGGAGAUAUAUCCAGAGAGGGGAUGAGCACUGUGCACUUGGGUACUGUUGCCGCUACAGAAGAGCCUGCUUUAACUUCCACUGGAGCAGCUUUGGGCUUCAAGAGUGGACAUACUGAGCCAUUUCAGGCCAGACAUGCUGGACCCAACUGGCUUCAGGGAGCUCCAGACGGAACAUCAGUGGACCAGGAAGCAUCACUGAUCUCAGACACUGAAAGCUCUCCGGUAAAUAAGAAUAGAAGCUCGACCUUACAGCUGGAAAAAGUGAUCGACCCAACGGUACAAUUUAAUCAGGAGCGUGAAGCUCAUGAUGGAGAUGACAAUGAUGAAAGUAGUGGCUAUGAGGACGCUCCAUCGGAGUUCUUACCGACACCUUCCACCACCGAUGGAAGUCUACUCGAAGAUGGUGUUAAUAUGGGUGGCAAUGAGUCUGAUAGCUCUAGAAAUGGGGAUUCUUGUGCUCUCUGUUAAGAGCUUUCUUGUCUACCAUUUAGUCCUAGACUGUUGAACUAUAACACUGGUGCUAAAAUUCAAGUCACCACGGCUGAAAAUGCCUUUGCACAAUCUAACAAUUCAACAGUCAGCAACAUUCGGGAUCUGCACAUUUUCUGCUGCUAAUUUCUAGUAGUUUUUACUUUUUAUUGGAUGAAUGUUUAUUCUUAUUAUUGUGAUAUGAUAAAUGAGCUGUCAAGGCAUUCAAGUUUUCACACUGACUUGGUUUACGGACAAGUGGGUCUGUAGUGAAAAGGAAAUGACUUCUAGUUGACCACACUCUCUCUCUAAUUUGCACCAAAUAUAUCAAAAGCGAUAUGAGUAGCAUGUCAAUGGGAACUAUUACAUAGACUGCCAAGAAGGGCAAAUACUUAAUAAGGUAAACUGUUCCUAUCUUGUUCAGCUUACGUCAAGUCAACCUAUUUUAUGAGUUUGCUAAAAAAAAUUGCUUUGUAAAAGCAUGUUGAAUAAGAUUGAGAAGAACUGGUUUUGUUCUUGCCAGCAGUACUCGGCACUUGUCAACACAGUAAUGCUUUCUAUCUGAUGCCUGUUUUUCAGCCAUGCAGCCAGUUUUGUUUCAUUCAAUUUCUUGCUUGUAUAGAGGCUAUGCAUUGACGUCACUUACCCACAUGAACACGCCGAAAGUCCCCCUUGAGUGGCAAAACAUUUGGCAAAAUGGCUGCUUUCAAUAGGAGAAACAAAGAAACCGGUACUUAAACACACAAUUAUUUGCUGAAAUUAAAACCAGUAAGACUUGUCAUUGGAAAUAUUUUUCAGCUUGUGCAAACACGUUUGGUUGUUUAAUAAACCUACAAGAUUUACAUCACUCUUCUCAAUGUUCACUGUGCUUAACUUUUUCGCCGCCAGCCUCUUUUUAAAAAAAGUUGCCAUGCUACACCUUUCUGUAAAGAAUAUAUGGACAAUCAAUAUGUCAAAUGAAAGAACAGAGUCUCAGGUUUCAAACAAGAGAAACCGUAUUCUUCAAUCUUCAUUUGUUAGUUUUUUAUCACUCCGUAGAUGUGGGUAGGUUUUUUCAAAUAUGCAUCACUUUGAUUAAAAGAUAAUUUUGAGAUAAUCAACGUUUUUUGUCAAAGAUCCCGCCCAGAUUACACUCAGAACAAACAUUUAAAACCGCAAACAACAUUUACGUUCUAGGUUCUGGGAUUCUGUACUUUUUCCCAAAGGUGUGUAAUAGCGCCACCUGCUGUAAAACAGUAUUAACACUGAUUGCCCGAAAAACUCGUCUUUGGCAGGGAUGCGUUUUUUUUUAUUGACGUCAAUGGUGGUGAAAGAAGUUAAAGACAACCUUAAAGAUAAACACUGCAGCAUUCAGUCUUUCUACCACUCAUUGGUCAUGACUCGCUUGACUUCACGUGACGUGACGUGUGCGGUGAUGACACGUGCAUACCCUCAAUAGCCUCUAUAUUACACUGAAGUGUCACAAUUACGUUGAAUAAAAAACAAUUUGUGUUUUUGUUGAGAA